AUGGGAGGCGACCGGGUUUGGUAUGAAGCAAACGUCCUAGCAGACUUCCCGACACACGACAAAAUCGUCAACUUGUGCACUAAAGCUGGUUCUAACCAGAAUGGCGUCGACAUCCUGGUAGCAGGAAAGCCUCGAUUUUGGGUCAAAUACGGCAAGAGCUCCGUCAUCCGAGGUGAAGGCUGUACGCAGGCUCAUGUAGCAAGGAUCGUGAAGGCCAACCCUGUGAGUGUCGUCCGCGUUCCCGAAGUUUACCUUGGCUUCUCGCGCGGGAAGCGUGGGUAUAUCGUCAUGGACUUCGUUCAAGGUACCACACUUGCCCAACGCAAGUCGAUUCUGGGAUACUACGAUGACAACGACAUCAAAGCCGUUGCUGCCGCUGUUCAGCAGCUCACCGACAUCAAAAUGCCUGCUGGUACCGCCCCCGGCCCCGUCCACGGUGGUCAUAUCGGCCACGAUUUCUUCGUCGAUUGCUUAUCGACGCUCAAGUAUUUCACAGUUGGGGAUCUCGAGGCACAGAUAAACAAGGUGCUUCGCCUUUCAGGGAAUAAUCUUCGUGUUGAUUUCACCGCAGACUACUUGGUCCUUUGUCCAUCCGACCCCAACGGUUCUAACUUUAUAAUCGAUGACGGGGGAAGCCUGUGGGCCAUCGACUUCGGCCGCACGUGCUUCCUACCGUCCUCCUUCGUGUCCUACUCGUUGACAAGAUCGUCAGACGUCUUUGUGCAAAGCGUAGCACGUCUCGUCAACUAUCCGCAAUCCGCCAACGUCCGAGCGAUGAGUGCGGCUUCGGGUCAGCUGGUCAUUUUUAACAACAACGCCUUAGGUGGCUCUAUAAUGAGUAGCAAAGGCCUGACUUCGUCGGAGGUGUAA